UUUUGUUAACAUUUAAAAUCGCGUUUGCAUUUGACCCUUGAACUCGGCCCCUGAGUCUUUGGCCUGGAAACCCCGCCUCGCGCUCUCUCUUUCCCUCUCGGAGUCGAAGUACAGGAGCGUGCACAUCGUUUCGUGUCUUUUACAGACUUAAAAAUGCGUUACGUGGCCGCUUACCUGCUUGCCACCCUCGGUGGUAACAGCAGUCCAUCAGCCAAAGACAUUAAGAAGAUCUUGUCCAGUGUCGGAAUUGAUGCUGAUGAUGAACGCGUCAACAAGGUGGUGGCUGAACUUGGUGGGAAAAACCUUGAUGAGCUGAUCAAUUCAGGCCUCUCCAAGCUUUGUUCAGUGCCAUCUGGUGGCGCUGUGGCUGCUGCUCCUGCAUCUGCUGCUCCAGCUGCUGGUGGAGCUGCCGCACAAGAAAAGAAAGAAGAAGAAAAGAAGGAAGAAUCUGAAGAGUCUGAUGAAGACAUGGGAUUUGGACUCUUUGAUUAAGUACUUGUUAACAAUAAAACAAUGUUCCAUCAGAGU